AUGAGUCAAAAAAGAAUGACUAUUGCUCCAAUAGUUAAAGCUUAAUUACCUAAGAUUAAUUUCUCAUAGGCUAAAAGAGAACAACUUUUAGUAGAUGAACUAUUACUAACUCAAUAACAUUUUCAUGAUUCCCGGUAUGCAAUCAUUUAAAUUUAGUGAGCUUGUCAAUAAUAUUAUUAAUGAAAAAAACAUGGAUGCAGUAAAUUAAUCUUUUUAAGAUUAAUAAGUGAGUUAUUAAGCAAUAAAAUAGAAGCUUGAACCAACUAGAGAAAUUUUUUAAUAAAAGUAACUUUUUUAGAAAUUAAAUAAAGAAUUAUUACUAAACCAUUUACUAGAUAGGCAAGAUCAAAUUCAAGGAAUAGAGGUUAGCAUUCUAUGAUUAUUACUAUAAGAGAGGAUUCAAAUUUUUAAUGGAUGAAUGAUUUAUACAAAAAAAAUAUUAAAACUAAUUUACCGAAACCAGCUAGAAACCCUGUAAAAAUAUAAGAGAAUUUUAGUCGUUUGUCAAAUAGGAAAAAUAUGUCAUUUCAAGAAAAAGUAAAUGAUGAAGAAAUGAAUUUUGAAUUUCAAGGUCUAAAUACCAAUAAAACUUUAAAAAAUUAUUUAACUUGGGAUGAUCCCUAAACUCCAGAAGAGAUUAUACAAUAAUUUAAGAACGAUAAAUCUUAUCAUGCUAAAUGUCCAUUUUACGAAGGAAAUGGAUACCUUUGGACAGAAGUCUAAAUUUUAGAUUUUGAUUAAAUACAAUAAAAGUAUAUUGUUAAGAUCAUGAAAAAUGAUUAAGUAAAAACUAUAAGUAGAUUAUCUUUAAUGUUAAAAACUGAAAAUGAGACUGAAUUUAAUUAAAGACUUUAAUAAUGUAGAAUUUUAUAAAAAUAAGCUGAAGAAGAAUUAAGAUUUUUUAAAUAUGUCAAUACUAUACCUGAUUAAUUAGUGACUGCUAUGCCUAUUUAGACAAAAAUAAAUAUUAAGAAGAAGUUAAAAUUGAAUAAAUAAUAGCAUGUAGAUUUUGAAUAAAUUGAGUUUGAAUAUAAAUUAUUUAUGAAGAAAUUCCUUACACUUUAAAGAAUGAAUUAAAGCGAAUACAUUAAAGAUUUUAUAUAAAAUAGAAUAAAAAUGAGAAAUGUGAAUGAUAUUUUAUAAAAGUAUCCUAAGCUAAAGAAUUUAAAAAAAGAUUUUCAAUAAGUGAAAUAAUAAAUUUCUUUGUCUCCUAUUUUAAAUAACAAAUAGAUUCUUUAAACUUUUGUAAAAAUUCAAACUAUAAAAGUGUAAUCUUUUGAAUUAUUACCUACAAGUUAUGCGUAUGGAUAAUUACCAUUUAUUUUAUCCAAUUUAGAAACAUAUAAUUAAUAAAUGCAUAAUGUAUUAAAAUUAACAAUGUUUAACAAUUGGAGAAACUAAGUUAUUCAAGAUGUUUAAGAUAGUUUAAGAACAUAGUUUAAUUUUUAUUAAACUGAUGAUAUAGGAUAUUAAAAAUCCUAGUUAUGUUUAUUAUUAAAAAGGAUAGAUUAAUAAUUCAGUUAUCAAAAUAUGAUAAAUUUGGUUGAAAUGAAUAUAUAGAAAUGGGUUAAUCAUAUAAAAUCUUUUACAGAAGAAUCUGAACAAUUAAGUAAAGAAUCCUUUAUAUAAAUAAAUAUUGCUAUACAAUAAUUAAUUCGUAAGAAAACAGUGUUACAUAAAUAAUCAACAUUUGGAGAAGAGAGAUACUUAAUUUUUGAACCAACUAGAUAAUAGAUUAUAGCUGCAUUAGUAAAUCCAAUUUAAUUAAUAAAAGAAACUAUUUAAUAGGUUAAUAAGGUAGAAAAUGAUAUAAUGCCUUUAUUAGAUUUAAGAUAAACAUAAUCUGUAGAUAUGGAGUUAAUAUAUCAUCAGUUCGAUUCGGCAAUAGAAUAAAUUGUAUCGUUUAUUGAUAUCUCUUUUAAAAAACCAAAUUUAAUUUUAGAUUAAUUUAACGAAUUCUCUUAUUUAUAUACAAAGAGUCAAAGUCAUUUAAUGAAACGAUUAUUUGGUGAUUCAAAAGAAAAACCAUCAAUAACAUAUAUUGAACUUGAUAAAAUAAAGGAAAAAUUGAAUUAUUAUUUAUAAACAAUUUUUUAAAUAGAACGAAUUUGUAUAGAUGAAAAGAAUUUUUCAUUUUUUUAAGUGAAAACAAAAUAAGCAAAAUAAACAUUAAUUUAAAAGUCUCAAGAAAUUAUUAGUGGAAUUUUAAAUAGAUUAAGUGAAGUGUUAAUUGAUAAUAUAUAAAGAAUAGGUAAAUUAUAUUAAGAUAUGUGUGAAAAGAUAUUGGAAGAACCAAAAGAAGAACAUGAAAUGGUUUAAUUAAAGAAUUUUAUAGCAGAAACAGAAGUAAAUUUAGCAAAAUUAGCAAAUGAAGUAAAUAUGUUAUUUUAAACAUUGGAUCUAUUACAUUAAUAUUAAUAUUAAUUUGAUAGUAAAGAAAUUGAAAAUUUAUGGUUAUUAAAAUAGUGGCCUUCAGAAAUAAAAAUAGCCUUAGUUGAAGGCCAAAGAAAUGUAAAUUUAAAAGAGACAAAAUUUACAGAGAAAUUAGAUUAAGAAAAGGAAUAAUUCAUAAGAGAAUUAUUAAUUUUGGAGAAAUAAGUUGAUGAAAUUAAAUUUUAUGAAGAUUAUUCUUAAGUAAAGAUUUAUGCAUAGAAUGUAAUGGGAUUAAAAGAAAAAAUAAAUAAUUAUUAAGAUAAGGUGAGAUCAUUUAAUGAUAGAGAGAAUUUAUUCAAAUAACCUUUAAGUGAUUAUGAUGAUUUGAUUAAAAUUAAAUAAGAUUUUGAUCCAUUUUAUAAAAUUUGGGAUUUAGCAAUAGAAUUUGACAUUGAUAAGUAAGAAUGGUAUUAGGGCUUAUUCAUAAAGUUAUAAUACAGUUAGAUUGAAAGAAAAGUGAUUUAGUAUUAUUAGAAAGAAACAUUGUUGCUGAUAAAGUUUUUUUAGGAUUAAUCUAAUGAUAAGGCUUUGAGAUUAUUAAGUGACUUAAAGAAGGAUUUAGAUAAAUUUAAAGAAGUGAUGUGGUUGAUAGAAUUUUUGAAUUGUGAAGCUAUAUAAAAGAAACCUAAAACAUGGGAUGAGAUAUAUGCUACAUGUGGUUUUGUUGGAGAUGACAUUACACUUACUUAAUUAUUAGAACAUAAUUUAUUAUAAUUUAAAAUUUAGAUAGAAGAUAUAUCUAAAAGAGCUACUUAUUCAUAUGAUAUUGAGAAAAGACUUAAUUCAGUUGUCGAUAAAUGUAAAGAAAUUAAAAUAGAAUUCAUUAGUAAUUCUAAUAUAAUGAAAAUUGAUGAAACAUAAAUAUUAUUAGAUGAAUAAUUGAAUCUUGUUUUAUUAUUGAAAUAGAGUCCUUAUGUUGUAAUGGAUAAGGCACAAGGUUUAGAGAGAAAGAUUAUUCUUAUAUAAGAUACAUUAGAAAAUUGGAGAUCUACUUAGAGAGGAUAUAUUUAUUUAUAACCAAUCUUUUAAUCUGAAGAUAUAAGAAAAAAAUUACCAUAAGAAAAAAAUAAAUUUGAUUAUAUAGAUAGAUUUUGGAAGUAAAUAAUUGAUAACUUUUUGAAGGAUCCUUUGGUAUGGGAAAAUAUUGAAAACGAAAGAUAUAAAUAAGAAAGCAAACAUUGUAAUGAUUUAUUAGAUUAUAUUCUAAAAGGAUUAAAUGAUUAUUUAGAAUAAAAAAGAAAGGUUUUUCCAAGAUUCUUUUUUUUAUCUGAUGAUGGACUAUUAGAAAUAUUAGCAUAAACAAAAGCACCUUUACUUAUUAAUAAACAUAUUUAAAAAUGUUAUGAAGGUAUAAAUGAAUUACAGUUUGAUGAGAAUAAUGAAAAUAUUCUAAAAAUCAUUUCUCCAGAAAAAGAAGUAAUUAGUCUUUAUAAAUCAUGUAAUGUUAUAGAAAAUGAAAAACUUGGUAAUGUUGAAAAAUGGUUGUAAGAAACAGAUUAGAUUAUUAUUGAAACAAUGAAAAUAACAAUGAAAGAAUGUUCAUAAGAUAAUGAUAAAAAUUGGUAUAUGAAAUGGCCAUCAUAAUGUAUUUAAACAAUUACACAAGUUAAAUGGACUUAAUCAAUUGAGUAAGCUUUAAUUUCUUAAAUUUCUUUAGAAAACAUAUUAUAUCAAAUAAAAUAAUAAAUAAAAAUAUUAGUAAAAUUUUUAGAGUAGAAAAAUUUAAAUAUUUAUUAAAGAAUUUAAAUAAGUUAAAUAAUUAUACUUUUAGUACAUAAUCGAAGCUAAACAGAAAGAUUAUGCAAAAUUGAAUAUUUAAAAGAGUCUGAUUUUAAUUGGUUAAUUAAUUUGAGAUUCUAUGAUGAAAAGAUUUUAAGAGUUUCGUUAUUGUCUUGCAAUAUUUAAUAUGGUUUUGAAUAUUAUGGUUUAACAUAAAGAUUAGUGAUUACUCCAUUAACUGACAGAUGUUAUAGAACUUUGAUUAUGGCAUUUUAAAAUCAUUAUGGUGGUGCUCCUGAAGGACCAGCAGGAACUGGUAAAACAGAGACUGUUAAAGAUUUAGCUAAAUGUUUAGGAAUUUAGUGUAUAGUUUUUAAUUGUUCAGAAGGCUUAAAUGUUAUAUCAAUGAGUAAAUUCUUUAAAGGUUUAAUUUGUUGUGGAGCAUGGUGUUGUUUUGAUGAAUUUAAUAGAAUUGAUUUAGAAGUCUUAUCAGUUGUUGCUUAAUAGAUUAUUAUUAUUUAAUAAGGUAUCAAAGAAAAAAAAAAAUUAUUAUUUUUUGAAACUGAUGAAUAUACUUUAAAUAAAUCAUGCUAAAUAAAUAUAACUAUGAAUCCAGGAUAUAUUGGUAGAUAUGAAUUACCAGACAAUCUUAAAAUAUUGUUCAGGCCUUGUGCAAUGAUCUAACCAGAUUAUUAAUUGAUUACUGAAAUCUUUUUAUAUUCUAUUGGAUUCCAAUAGGCUAAUUUCUUAUCAAAUAAAAUAAUCGUUGCAUUACAAUUAUUCUAAGAAUAAUUAUCUACCUAAGAUCAUUAUGAUUUUGGAAUGAGAUCAUUAAAAACUGUUUUAUAGACUAUUUCUUAAUUUGACAAUGAAGAUGAAGAGGCUAAAUGUAUUAAAGCUUUAAUCAAUGUGAAUUUAGGAAAAUUAAUAAAAUAAGAUGUUUAACUAUUUUUUUCUAUUAUAUAAGAUUUGUUUCCAAAUAGUAAUAUUGAAUAAAAUUAUGAUAAUCAAAGUUUGAAAGAUAUUUGUUAAAUUUUAAAACUUUAAUCAAAUGAAGUUUUCAUUUAGAAAUGCGUUUAAAUGGAUUAAUUAAUGGAAGUAAGCCAUGGAAUAAUGAUUAUUGGAGAAACUAUGAGUGGAAAAUCUUAAUUAAUAGAUGUUUUAGCUCAUAAACAUAAUUAUUAAAUAAAUAAGAUUAAUCCUAAAACAUUAUAAAUUGACUAAUUAUUUGGGAAAUUAGAUAGAAAUACAAAAUAAUUUUAUGAUGGAGUAAUCCCAAUAAUAUUUAGAUAAUAAAUUAAUCAAUUUAUUGUGUUUGAUGGACCUGUUGAUACAUAGUGGAUUGAGAAUUUGAAUACAGUUUUGGAUGAUAAUAAAAAAUUAUGUUUAAGUUCUGGAGAAAUAAUUAGACUUUAUGAUAAAACAUAAAUUAUUUUUGAAACUUCAGACUUAUAAUAAGCAUCUCCUGCAACUGUUAGUAGAUGUGGAAUGCUGUUUAUGGAAUAAUUAGAUUGGAAAAUUAUUUUAGAUAAUCAAUAUUUUAAUGAAACUAUGUAAAAGAAAGCUUUAUGGCUAUUUGAUUGUACAUUAGGUUUUAUUUAAGGUAAAUUUUAUAUUCCAUGCACAGAAUCUUAAUUAGUCUAAUAAACUUUGAAAAUGAUGAGAACAUUUAAUUAUAGGAAUGAUGAUUAAUAAUUAAACGUUUUAUUAUUUUGCAUUUUAUGGGUAAUUGGUGGAAUAUGUGAUGAAAUUUAAAGAAAAAUUAUGAAUUAAAUGAUUAUGAAAUUAAUCACUGCAUCAAAUGAUGUGAUUCAAUAAUUCUCAAUAAAAAAUAAGUAUUAAUAUGAACCAUAAGCAUUACAUUUAAGAUUCAUGGAACCUGUAAAUAAACCUAAUUUAUAUGAUUUUUAUUUUGAUAUCAAUAAAAAUUGUUGGCUAUUUUGGAGUGUUGAUUCUUAAUAAUCAUAAAUUAAUCAAUAAAAAUCAUUUGAUAAUCUUUAUAUAAAAUGUAUAGAUACUAUAAAGACUUAAUUUUGGAUAACUUAAAGUUUUUAAUAAAAAAUAAAUUUAAUUUUAAUAGGUCAAACAGGUUCUGGAAAAACAAUCUUAAUUUAAUAAACUAGAUAAUAAUUUUAAAAUUAUGCCUAGUUGCAAUUGAUGUUUAGUGGAUAGACUUAAUUAAAUUAUAUAUAAUAUUUAAUAGAAAGCAAAGUUAAUUAAAGAAGAUGUAAAGGACAUUAUGGUCCUGAAGAAAAUAAACCACUUUGUUUAGUUUUUAUAGAUGAUUUAUCACUGAAUGAAUAACCAAAUGAAUUAAUUAGAUAACAUAUUGAUACGAAAGGAUGGUAUGAUAUAGAAACUAAAGAAUUUAAGCAUUUAGAAGAUACAAUUUAUGUAUGUGCAACAUAAAAAUAAGUUAAUCCAAGAUUUAUGCGACAUUUCUUACUGUUAUAUGUUCCUUAGUAUUCCCCUGAAUCAUUGCUAAAGAUAUUUAAUACUUUAAAUUAAUGGAUUUUAAAUUAAUGGGGAUAGAAAUAAUUAGUUAAUAAUGCAAUAUUUAAAAUGAGUAACCUUAUUGUUAAUAAUACAAUACAAUUAUUUAAUUUUAUAAAAUAAGAAUAUUUACCAACACCUUCAAAAUGUCAUUAUAUUUUUAAUUUGAAAGAUGUUUGGAAAGUCUUUAAAGCAAUGCAUUUAGGAGAUAUUAGAUUAAUUCAGAAAGAUCGAGAUUUAGUAAAUCUAUGGUAGAAUGAGUGUCAAAGAAUAUUUUCAGACAGAAUGAUUGAUUCUGAAAAAUUCAAUGAAAAAUUAUUAGACUUAAUUUUAUAAAAUAUGAAAAAGAAUUAUGAAUUCAAGUAAUUUUAUUACACUAAUAUUAUUCCCAUUAGUAUUGAAAACCAAUAUUAUUCUAAACUCUAUUAUAGCGUAGAUAAAGAAGUCAUAAAAGAAUUUCUUAGCUAGAAAUUAAAUGAAUAUUAAAAAAUCAUAUAAAAUGUCAGCAUUGUUUUAUUUGAAUAUGCUAUAAAUCAUAUAAUAAGAAUUAUUAGAGGUUUGGGAUUUGGAAAUAUGCUCUUAAUAGGAUUAACAGGUAGUGGAAGAUAAUCGCUUUCCAAUUUGAGUUCUUACAUUAUGCAUGAUAAAGAAAUGAAUAAGUAUACUAAUGAUAAAGAUGAACUUCAAUAGAUCUUAAGAUAAGCAGGAUUGGAAUUAAAAUAUACUAUAAUAUAUGCUAAUUGCAAUCAAAUAAAGGAUAUAAAUUUAGAAUAAAUCUGUAAUCUGAUCAAUUUCGGUGAAAUGUAAAAUUUAUAUACUAGCGAAGACAAAAAUAAAUUAAUUGAAGAUUUAAAUGAGUUUCAUGUAAAUUAUUCAUAAUUUGUUAAAUAAACUCAUUAAAAUUUACACUUUAUUCUUAGUAUCAAUCCAAAUGGUGAAUAGUUUAGAAAUCGUCUUCGAUAAUUUCCUACAUUGAUAAACAAUACAACCCUUGAUUGGUUUACUGAAUGGCCUUAAGAAGCCUUAAUAGAAACAUAAUCAUAAUUUGAUGUCGAUGUCUUAAAUAUAUUUAGUGUAAUAAAGAAAGAAAGUCAAUAAUAUUGUAGAUAAUUUAAAAAUCAACAACCUUACCUUCAAAUUUAUUAACCAUCUUUCUUAGAAUACUUAAAAUAAUAUAAAAUCUUAUAUUCUUAAAAAUAGAAUGAAACUGAUAAAUUUAUAUAAAGAUAUACACAUGGAGUGGACAAAAUAUUAUAAACUGAAUCUGAUGUAACAUUGAUGAAAGCAACUUUAUAAGAGUUACAUCCAAAAUUACAUAAACUAACUCUAGAAAAUUCUCAUUUGCUUAUAAAUUUAUAAAAAAAGCAAAAAGAAGCAGAUAUUAAGAAACAGCAAUGUGAAUAAGAAGAAUAUGAAUGUACUUAAGAGAAAUUAAAAGCAGAUAAAUUAAGGAAAGAGUGCUAAGAAGAAUUAGAUAAAGUUUUGCCAAUACUAGCAGCAGCAACAUCUGCUUUAGAGAAAAUAACUAAUGAAGAUAUGAUUUAAUUAAAAUCAUUUUAAAAGCCUCCAUUAGCUGUUUCAAUUGUUAUGGAAGGAAUGUGCUAUAUAUUUGAUGAAUAAGUUAAAUUGAAACAAAAAGAACCAGGCUCUCAAGAAAAAGUUUAAGAUUUUUGGGAACAUGCUAAAAAGAAUUUGCUUAAUGAUAAAUUGAUUAAGAGAGUUAGAGAUUUUAAAGAAGAAUAAAUUAAAUCUAUUACACCUAUUAGAAUUUAAAAAAUUAAAGGACUUUAAUUAGAUGAUAAAGUAUUUAAUGCCUCAAAAGCUGCAGGAAAUCUAAGUUUAUGGAUUAGAGCUGUUGUUGAUACUUUUGAAGCCUACUUAAUUGUUGAUCCAAAAUAAAUUCUAUUAAAAAAUGCAGUUUAAUAAUUACAAGUUACUGAAUAAGCAUUAAAAGAAAAAAACGAUGCUUUAAAAGAAAUCUUAAGAUUUUUAAAUGCUCUUUAAAAUGAUUACAAUUAAGCUAAAUUAGAAAAAGAUUAACUCUAAGAGGAUGUUAAUAGAUGUUAAAUAUAACUUGAAAGAGCAGAAAAACUAAUAAGUGGAUUGAUUUAAGAAAAAGAGAGUUGGAGACAAAAAGCUAAUUAAUAUCAAUAAAAUAAACAAUUUUUAUAAGGUGAUUGCAUGUUAUCUAGCGCAAUUAUUACAUUUUUUGGACCAUUUCCUCUUGGAUUCAGAGAUUCUAUUUUGGAAUAAUUUAAGGUUUAAUUAUAAAAUAUACCAUUUAGUUAGAAUUUUUAAUUAUAAAAUACACUCUCCAAUCAGAUAAUAGUUGGAUAAUGGAUCAAUCAAAUGAAAUUACCUAAUGAUUAACUAUCAAUUGAUAAUGCUAUAAUUAUUUAAAAUUCUACUAAAUGGAUUUUACUUAUCGAUCCUUAAAAUCAAGGAUCUUAAUGGUUAUAAAUAUGGAAUGAAAAAUUAAAUUCCUAGUUCAAUUUAGAAAAUUGUAUGUAGAUUGGUCAUCCAGUUUUAUUGUAAGAGCCAGAAGAAAGUCAGAUACCAUUUCCUUAUGGAACAUUUGCUAAAUUAAACGAUAAAAAGAUUGACUUACAUUCAGAUUUUAGACUUUUUAUAUAAAGCAAGAAUCCAUAAUACAGCCCAGAAAUUUGUAUUCACUUGAAAUUUAUUAAUUUUGAAGUAACAUAAGAAGGAUUAGAGGAUUUCCUAUUAAAUUAUAUAAUAGGAGUAGAAGAACCUCUAAAAGAAGAAAUCAGGCAAAAGAAUAUCAGAGAUUAUUAUGAAAACAAACAAAAAUAAUAACAAACAGAGGAUUCAAUCUUAAAAUUAUUGCAUGGAACACAUGGCAAUAUUUUAGAAGAUGAAACCUUGAUUUUAACUUUGUAGAAAUCCAAAAAUGAGUAAAUUGAAAUUGAGGAUAAAUUAAAAAAAGCAGAAAAUGAUAAAGAAAUUUUCUAAAAGAUUUCUAAUUUAUACAAAACUAUUACAAAAAAAAUAUCCAUAAUUUAUCUUGUUAUUAGAGAUUUAUAGAAAUUAGAAUUUGUUUAUAUUUGGUCCUUGGAAAAAUACAUACAACUUUUUGAUUAAUCAAUUAAAGCAUUUAAAUCUAUUUCUUAAAGUCAAUAAGUUGAAAAGAAUAAAUUUAUUUUCUAACAAUUCACAAAGUUACUUUACUCAUCAAUUUGCUAAUCACUUUUAGAAAAGGAUAAGCUAACAUUUACAACUAUGCUUUUCUUUAAAAUAUUAUUAAUAGAAAAUAUUAUCACUCAAUAAGAAAUCAACUUUUUACUAAAUUUACAUUCUAAUUAUACUUUAAUUCAAAGUUAGAUUUAAUGUCCAGAGUAUUUUACUUAAUCAUAGUGGAAUUAAUUAAAUGAUUAUGCAUUUUAAUUCAAAAAUGAUCAAAUAAUUCGAAAAUUAAAAGAUCACUAUUUUGAAUUUAUGAAUAAUAAUUAUGAGUUAGAACUUAAACCAUUUCAUUUACUUAUAAUAACAAAGAUAGUUAAACCAUAUUAAUUUAUAUUUUAACUUUAAUAGACAAUUGAGUAUUAUCUCGAUAAAAAUUUUACAAUUAUCCCCUAAUUUAACAUAGAACCCUUAAAGAUUUAAUCAAAUACACCUAUAUUAUUUAUUUUAUCUUCUGGAUCAGAUCCACUUAAUUUUGUUAGAAGAGAAGCAGUAAUUGAGAAAAUUAAAUUAUAAACAUUAUCAUUGGGGUAAGGAUAAAAUUAAAUAGCAGAAAUGAGCAUCAAAAAAGCAAUUGAAGAAAAUUCUUGGAUAAUAAUAUAAAAUUUACAUUUAGCAAAAAGUUUUAUGAAAUUAAUUGAAUAAAUAUAUGAAAAUGAAUUGUAAAAGGUUUAAAAUGAUUCAAAGUUCAGAUUAUUUUUAACAACAAAUCCAAUAGAUUAAUUUUCAAUUUAAUUAUUGUAAAAAUCUGAAAAAUUUACAUUUUAAUACCCUUAGGGAUUUAAGAAUAAUUUGUUAAGAAUAUAUUCAUCUAUUUAAGAAAAGCAUUUCAAUGAUAAAUCAUUAUAAUAUAAAAGUUAGCUAUUUGGUUUGGCUUAGUUUCAUUCAAUAGUAUUGGGAAGAAAAAAGUUUGGAAACAUAGGAUGGAAUUAAAGUUAUGAUUUUUCUUAAGCAGAUUUAGAGAUAUCAUAAAAGUAACUUUUAGAUUAUGAUAUGGAAGGUUUGAAAUAUUUAAUUAGUGAACUAAAUUAUGGAGGAAGAGUUAUAGAUAAUAAUGAUAGAUUAUUAUUAAAGAUAUUAUUAGAUAAAUAUUUAGUAAUUGAAGAUUCAGAAUAUCCAAUGAUGUUGAAUGAUUAUUUAGAUUAGAUAAAUGAUAUUCCUUAUUUAGAUGAUAAUCAAUUAUUUGGUUUACAUUUAAAUGCUGAAAUCAAUUAUAAAAUUAGUGAAGUAAAUGAUUUAAAUGAAAAGUUAAAUAAUAUAAACAAUGUUUUAAACAUAAAUGAUUAAGGGGAGUAACUUAAAACACUGAUAUCAUCAAUAUCUUUAAGUUUUUUAUAAUAUGAUAAUUUAGAACAUCAAUAUGCUACUCCUUUAAAUACAAUUCUUAUAUAGGAAUGCUGUAGAUUUAAUAAAUUGAUUAUUUAAAUAACAAAUGAUUUAGAAUUUAUUUUAAAAUCAUUGGAUGGAUUAGAGGUUAUGAAUUAAGAAAUGGAACAAAUAUGUUAUGAAUUACUAUAAGGAGUAAUUCCAUCUAUAUGGUUAUAAAAAUCAUAUUUGACAACAAAUAAUCUGAUAAAUUAUAUCGAAAAUUUAUAGGAAAGAAUUAAAUAUUUUUAGAAAUGGAUAGAAAAUGGAAUUCCAGAAUUAAUAAACAUAUCUUAUUUUUUCUAUCCUCAAACAUUUUUGACAGGUGUGAAAUAAGAUUUUGCAAGAAAGAACUCAGUUCCGGUUGAUACAUUAAACUUUGAAUUCAAAAUUAGUAAUCAUAAUUUUGAAGGUUAUUUGAUUGAAGGAUUACUUUUUGAUUAAUGUUAAUGGGAUGAAGAGUAAUAAACAAUUGUUGAACCUAAAAUUAAUGUAUUAUAUUCAUAAGUUCCUAUUAUUUCAAUCAAUCUAACGACUUAGUUUUAAAAUUUUGAAGAUCAUUUACAAAUUCCUGUGUAUAAUACAAACAAAAGAAAUAAAAAGAUUAUGGACAUCUCCAUAAAAACUAAUGAACCACCAGAAUUUUGGAUUAUUAGGGGUGUUGCUGUAAUUUGUUAAAACUGA